AUGGCCACGGCUGUGCUCCGUUGGCUUCUUCGCGGCAUUCCCAACUCGGGGAAGGUGGUGUACAAGUGCCUGUGGCCCGGCUGCGGCAAGGUGCUGCGCUCCAGCGUCGGCAUCAAGCGGCACGUGAGGACCCAGCACCUCGGCGACGGCGCGGACUCGGAGCAGCGCAGGAGGGAGGAGGACUUCUACUACACGGAAAUGCAGGUGAAAGAGGAGCCCGAGCCGCAUCCUCUCGUCCCGCAGGCCUUGCCCUCGAUUCAGAUCCCGGUGUCCCCGCACAUCUUCACCAGCAUCAGCUGGGCCACGGCCACCUCGACGCUCCCGUCCCUGUCGCCGGUUCGGAGCCGCUCGCUGAGCUUCAGCGAGCCCCAGCCAGGGACCCCGCUGCUCAAGUCCCACCUGAUCGUCGCGUCCCCUCCCCGGGUGUCCCUCGGCUCCAGGAAAGUCCGCGGAGAAGCCAAAAAGUGCCGGAAGGUUUACGGCAUCGAGCACCGGGACCAGUGGUGCACGGCGUGCCGGUGGAAAAAGGCCUGCCAGCGAUUCCUGGACUGAGCCCACGGGCGCCGCGCGGCGCUGCUCC